UAAAGAAGCGCGUACAGAGGAGAGACGGAGAAAGUCCCAGGGCAGAGAGGCGGAGUAGGAGAAAGGAGAAAACAAGUGUUUUAGAUUAAAAUAAUUAGAUAGAGAGAAGUAACCAUAUAUAAGGGAAGGUGAGUUAGGGUGGAGAGAGACUGUGAGCCAGAAGGAGACGGGAGGGAGAGAUCUCAGAGGGUAGAGAAGGAGGGGUGUGUGAGAACGCUGCAGACCUGAAUCAGGAAGAGAGUGAGAGAGACACAGGCACAGCCAGCAUAAGUCACCCUGGGACCAUUAUAAGGCUGCUUGAUGAUGUCUCUCAUCUGAGCGCUAACACAUUUCAGAAAUGGGCUGCAUUCCUUGUAAGGAGGGGGAAAGUGGGAAGGCGGAGAAUACUUCUCUGGAAAUUCCCCAGCCCCAACGCUAUGGCCCAGACCCCACAGUGCAAUGCAACUCAAGGAUUCAGGCCUACAACCCAGCAGUUGGCACAGUGUCACAUGUAGUGGGAGGAUCUAUGUUUGGCACAGCCCAAAGAGGGGGGGUGACGCUAUUCAUUGCACUUUAUGAUUAUGAGGCACGGACAGAGGAUGACCUAUCAUUUGCAAAGGGAGAAAAAUUUCACAUUAUCAACAACUCUGAGGGUGAUUGGUGGGAGGCUCGAUCCCUGAGUACUGGAAACACAGGAUUUGUUCCAAGUAACUAUGUGGCACCAACAAACUCGAUCCAGGCAGAGGAAUGGUACUUUGGGAAGAUUGGCCGGAAGGACGCAGAGCGACAACUCUUGAGUGUGGGAAAUGCUCGCGGAGCCUUUAUGAUCAGAGAAAGUGAGACUACCAUAGGCACAUAUUCCCUCUCUGUGCGAGAUUUUGAUCCCACAAAAGGAGAUCAUGUCAAGCAUUACAAGAUUCGUAAAUUGGACUCUGGAGGAUUCUACAUUACAACAAGGGUCCAGUUUGACAGCGUAAGGGAGUUGGUGGAACAUUACAGAGAAUACAAUGAUGGUCUAUGUCAUCUACUUACAAAGCCUUGUAUCAACUCAAAGCCUCAAACGCUGGGUCUAGCGAAAGAUGCAUGGGAAAUACCUAGAAAUUCUAUCAGUCUGGACACAAAACUGGGACAUGGCUGCUUUGGUGAGGUUUGGAAGGGAACAUGGAAUGGGUCUAUCAAUGUGGCUGUUAAGACACUAAGAACUGGAACUAUGUCCUCAGAGGCAUUCCUGGAUGAGGCUCAGAUUAUGAAGAAGCUUCGCCAUGAUAAACUAGUGCAGUUAUAUGCAGUGGUGUCUGAGGAACCUAUAUAUAUUGUGACUGAAUUUAUGACCAAAGGCAGUUUGCUGGAUUACCUAAAGGACGGAGAUGGGCGUUACUUAAAGCUCCCCCACUUAGUGGAUAUGGCUGCACAGAUCGCAUCUGGCAUGGCUUAUAUUGAGAGGAUGAAUUAUAUACAUCGUGAUCUCCGUGCUGCCAAUAUCCUGGUAGGUGAAAAUUUGGUGUGUAAGAUUGCAGAUUUUGGACUUGCCCGUCUCAUUGAGGACAACGAGUACACAGCACGGCAGGGUACCAAGUUUCCCAUUAAGUGGACUGCCCCCGAGGCUGCCCUGUAUGGAAGAUUUACUAUUAAAUCUGAUGUGUGGUCAUUUGGGAUCAUGGUGUCUGAGCUGGUGACGAAAGGAAGGGUUCCGUAUCCAGGUAGAAAUAAUAAAGAGACUUUAGAUUAUGUAGAAAGUGGAAAACGUAUGGACUGCCCCCCCCGAUGUCCCUCAUCUCUCUAUGAUAUGAUGUUACAGUGCUGGAAAGUGGAACCUGAUGAGCGACCUACAUUUGAAUACUUGCAGUCUUUCCUAGAAGAUUACUUCACUGCUACUGAACCCCAGUACCAGCCAGGAGACAAGAUUUAGAACCAUAAAUGAGGCCGGCCCUAGAACUGCAGUUAAGAUUAACCAGAAGGAAAGCAGCUAAAUAAAUAGAUAAAGAUCACUUCUAGGAUCAAUGUAAACCUAUCUAGAUCAAGGAGAAACUCAUGCAAUUAUCAUCAGGAAAAGAAACUGGAGUCACUUAUAGGGAUCAUGGAAGAAACCUCAAUGAAAGAAAGAAGUCAGCUUUUUGUAGUGUGUCUCAUAUGUGUUAAAGGGACAUUAAACCCAUUUUUUUUCUUUCAUCUAGUUUGCUUAAUUCUUUAGACAUCCUUUGUUGAAGAAAUAGCAAUGCGCAUAGGUGACCCAAUCAAACAAGGAAUAUAUGUGCAGCCACCAAUCAGCAGCUACUGAGCCUAUCUAGAUAUGAUUUUCAGAAUGAAGCAAAUUAAAUAAUAGAAGUAAAUUAGAAACAUGUUUAAAAUUACAUGCUCUUUCUAAAUCAUGAUAGAAAAAGUUUGGGUUCCAUGUCCCUUUAAUGUCAGGCACUGGUUAACCUUAUUAAAUGUAAAAAGGCAGCUUGCAAUGUCUCCUUUAUGUUUGUAUAUUACAGCACAAGCCCAUGAAAAGCCUCCCAAGGUCCAACCUCGAUGCUGUUAUGGGCACCAAAAGGACCUGUAAUUAGUACAAUUAAAACACUGACAUGUAAGACUAUAUGAUAACAUCUGAAACAAGAGAAGAGUCCAUAUUAAACGACUGGUGUCAUAUACCAAGAAGAAGUGGUGAUUAUUUACCCUAACAGUAUCUAGGGUAUCAAUUUCCAGCACCUUGGUAUAGCACUAUAACUUGUGAAAGAACAGUUAUUUUCCAAAUAGUCAUAGUUUAAUAUGCAAAGGACAUAAUUAGAUAUGUAUUUAAUCAAAGAAGCAUAUCUAAUACCAUUAUGAGACAUCCAGAGUCUGCACAGCACGGUGACAUUAAAUCCUGAUAUUACUCCUGUUCUAGAGGAAGCAGAUGCUUUUAUUAUACUGUUAUGGACUGAACUGUUUAGCGCUAGAGGGGCCAGCCUCUAUGUCCCAUAUCAUUAUCACUGUGAAGGAGAAUGUGGAUUAUGGGAACCUUGUUUUCCCUUAACUGUGACCAAAUGAUUUUGUUUGAAAAGAAUCCAGAAACAGUAUCUGGGACAAAGAGACGUUCUGCUUAUUUGUUUGCUUUUUCGUCUCUCACAUUCCACUUUUCUCUAGAUUGUGCGCUCAUUGGCAGAGCUCAUAACUUGACAUUAAAUGAUAUUUAGCGCUGCGGAAUCUGUUGGCGCUCUACAAAUAACCGAUAAUAAUAAUAUUUGAAUCUGUGAUGUCAUGAUCAACUAUAAUUUACAGUAUCUCUACUUGUACAGAGUUGGCAUUUUAAGAAUAAAUUAUUAUACAUGUA